UUGUGUCUGCGUGCUGACAGCAGUCUACUGUGCGAGCAGCGAAAAGGUGGAGAGGUUUUUCUUCCCCCUCCCCAUCACACACUUUGACUGUCUCACGCAAACACGCACGAGCGUUAAACAAGAGACGCUUUUAAACGCGAUAGGACUAUGGACCUUAGUCUGCGAGAUGCUCUGGGUGGGGGAGGAGGUGGAGCCCCAGCUGAAGCCCUGCUGAAACGAGACUUUGUGGCCUCUCUGGAGAAAGAGAGCUUUGAUGAUAAGGUGGGAGAGAAAGUCUCCAAGAGUGACUACAGGCCCUUGCUGGAUGGAAAGGACACCAAGAGUGGUCCUGGAAUGAUGUCAUCCAUGAUGUCUUCUGGUCGCCAGGACCCACCAGGACAGCCGGCCUUCAGCUCUGACUACCUGUCAGGUCCUAUGAUGGGUGGGAUGACAGGUCAGUGGAACCUGAACAAGUCAAAGGACAGCAGCGUACCAGACUCAUUUCUAGGCCUCUCUCAAUCUGGAAUAGGCGGAACCAUGGGCGCUGGUCUGCCGCCAUUCCAGACCAGUAUGAGCGCCGCUCUCGGCCAGACUGGGAUGAGUCCGGCUAUGGAUACACAGAAGAGUUCAGGCCUGUUUGGUGGGGAAAACCUAACCCCCCGGAACAUCAGUGGGACAAGUCCGUUGAAAGGCAGUGACAUGUUUUCCCCCGCUGGCUUGGGAAUCCACCCCAUGGAUCAAUCUGCAGCUCCUGCCCACUCUCCACGCGGCUCAAUGGACGACAGCAGUCCUUCGUCCUCCAACUCGGAACCAAUCAGCCCCGAGAGACUUGGGCCAGGGGGCGAGGCUGGUAAACAGCGGCGCCGGAAGAAGAAGAGGAAGGACCGCAACGUCAUCUACAACUUCUUUGAUAACCAGGAAAAUGGCGUCAGCCAGUCAGACCGCCAGGGGAUGCAGGAUAAGGGAGGAAAGGAGGUGGAGGAGGAUGGAGAUGAGGAGGAGAACUGGGAGUGGGAGUUUAGAGAGAGCGGUGGAGGGGGCAGGGUAAAAAGCAGGAAGACCAAGAGUCGGGCGAGGCUUCCAGAGGAGUGGGGUGCGCCGCAACAGCCUGUCUCUCCUACACCAGCUCCAAAGUGGGCUGCUGACGCUGGUCCUACUGACCCUAGAGCUCCAAACCCCUCUGGCCCUCAACAAAUCCCCACAGGUUUCACCAACUGCUCCCAUGCCAGCCCUCUAACAGAUUCAUCAUCACGUUCCUAUGAACCCAUGUGUGUAGAUGACUACUCUUUGUCUGGUAAAGGUGUGCAAACAGCAAAAGAUGAGAACGCUUCAGCAAAGAGCAAAGAACCCAACCUAGUGACUGCUGCUGCCAAACCCGAGGAUGCAAACAGCAGUCUAGCUCUGAUGACAGGGGACAAUCUAAGCCCGGUCUCCCAGACCUUCUCUUUCCUCGAUGCAGUUCUCCAGACUCCUCCGGGCUCCACCCCUGACUCUCAGACCACCACCCCCAUCAGCAACACCCCUUCCAUGGUCACAGCCUCCCUAACGAGGUCUGCUCUGGCAGAAACCACCACCCCUGCUUUUCAGUCUAACCCUUCAAAGAGCACUCCAAACAUUCCUGCUCCUGCCACUCUAUCCACCAGCGCAUCACCAUUACUUCCAACUGUUGUCGGAUCGGCCCUGAAUGUCGAUGCCAAGCCUUUUGUUCCCUCUACCAUGCUCAUGGCCUCCACAGUUGCCCCUGCAGCCUUCUCAGCUCCCACCACCAACUCAUCCAACCCUUUUAGUUCCACCCUCUCAUCCCGCCCUGCGAAUGAACCGACCUCCUCAUCACCAUUAGCCACUUCCCCUAAAGGUGCAGCCACGUCACUCAGCCCAGCCACCCGCUCUCCCUCUACCACGCAAGCCACCCCUUCCUCUCUCCCUGCACACUCAAAGCACCAGGAGUCUUCGUCGCCACAGCUCCCCCCGCUGGAAGUCAAAUCCGAAAACAAGGAGAAGCAGGAGAAGAUGGACGUCUCCAAUAAGACAGCCAAGGUUGACAACUUGGACAAGAAAGAGGAGCAGCAGAAGAAAGACAUCAGCAAUGACAAAAACCAGAAGUCUGACCAGAUCCUGAAAACCGAGGAGAAGCUGGAGAAGCACGAUAGGGUCAGCGAAAAGGCGGAGAAGGUGGACAAGCCGGAGAAGACCAACAAGGAUGAAAAGAAGGAGGAUGAGAAAAAACCUGCUGAAAAGAAAGAUGAGAAGGGAGGGAAGGUCCCGGCCAAGUCUCCCACAGGAAAUGGCGGCAAGACUCUGCUGAACCUGGACAACAAGAGCAAGCCUGAUGUGGGUUCUACCAAACGCCCCUCCCCCACAACAACCAAUAAAAAAACUCCUGCCGCCAAAGCAACCACACCCACCGCAGCAAAGCAGCCGCCUGGAGCGUCUGGUUCCAACAAGGCUGCCAAGACUCCAGAAAACGGUGGACCUGAAAAGCGUCCAUCUGUGCCAAAGACCACGCCCACAACUCGAACAGCAGCCAAUAAGAAUGGCUCCUCUGUGACGAACAAAAAUGCAGCAAACAAGAACGAUAAGACUGAGAAUAGGACAGGAGAGGCCAAGAAACCCAAGACUACAGCCCGCCCUCGCCCAGCUUCCACUGCUGCUCCUGCUACCCCAGCCGCCUCCACUAAUGGCGAAGCCACUCAUCGUCGCCGAGUCAUCACCAAACCCCCCGUGCCCAAGCAGACCCCUCUGGAGAAGAAGCCAGCGGGGCCCCGUCCUCCCCGGACGCCUCGACCCAUCAACGCGCCAACACCGGAUUUGAAAAACGUGCGCUCCAAGAUUGGAUCUAUUGACAACAUCAAGUACCAACCUGGUGGAGGAAAGGUCUCCUCCACCCCGAACAACAAGACAUCAGAGUCCUCCACCCCUACCGCCAAGGCCAGAGUUCAGAUAGUGCACAAAAAGCUGGACUUCAGCCACAUCACCUCUCGCUGUGGCUCCAAGGACAAUAUCAAACAUGUCCCUGGAGGUGGCAAUGUGCAAAUCUUAAAUAGGAAGGUUGAUGUGAGCAAAGUGACCUCCAAAUGUGGCUCCAAGGACAACAUUAAAUACAAGCCAGGUGGUGGUGAUGUGAAAAUUGAGUCCCACAAGUCAAACAUUAAGGCAAAGUCUAAGAUUGGAUCCCUGGACAACAUGGAGGCUGGCAACGGACAGACAAAUGGACACAAGGAGAAAACAGAGGAGAAGACUUCUCCACCUGCAAGUGGCGCUCCAGCUACUGGACCAGCAGGCGUUACCAAGGCAACACCACCGGGAGGUGUUGCUAAGGAGAACGGCAUGAAGGAGCCAAUACCCUCUCCUUUUGGGGGAGAAGGGCUGAAAGAGACCCAUAGCUUAGACAAACGUAUCACUGAGACAAAAUGAGUACCAGUGACCUACAGAAUUUGGUGGGACAAGCAUGGCGCUCACUGACCUGCCAAUCAACUGACCAACCAAGCCACCACGGAGCAGUCACUUUCCUCUGGCCCUGCCCUUCAUCCCGCCCACCGCUGCACCAAACUGAUCAACCGCUUUUCAGUGUGUCUCUGAGGUCCACCUGCCGGCUUCCUGCUACCAACCCUGAUGUCAGACCUCAUGAAACCCCAAGGUUGACUUCUGACCCUACUAACUACGGAGAAGACUACUUGGUGUUUGUCUGUGUGUCCCUGUGUGGGGUUCCACCAGCCUUCUAUCUGAUAGCGCAUCCUUUUCAACACAAUCCCAAAUCCAACUCAAACUCCCAAAAACUCCAUUGGAGUUUCAUACCUUUGCUCAUACAUCAUUAACCUAAAACAGUAACAACGAAUCAAUUACAUCUAACUAUCAUGAGGCCUCAAAGUAGCUUUGGUCUCUCAAAAGUCCCUUUAUCUCUGUAUAUCCAGUUCAUGGGACCUCAGCAGGGCAGUCAACGUCAUCACUCUUGUUCUUCUGCAUUUAACAUUUGUGCAUCGCUUAAUUUUGUAUAUUCCAAACACUCUUAUUUAUUCCUGGAGUUCUGACACGAUAAAAGAAGUAAAAGAUGUGAAGAGGACAGAAAAAAACAGGCUGACUUGUGAGUAAAGAUCAGAAAUUUUAAUGUCUUGAUUAGGAUCCACAAAUGGAACCUUAAAAUUGUUUAUUAUACAGGUCAUAACCUUAAACAGGGUUUUAAUUUGGUGCAAGAUAAUCAUCAGUUUCAAAAGAGGAUGGAAAUGGAAGUUCUUACUCUAUAUGGCUUGCUUUAAAAGCAAAAAAAAAUAAUAAAGUUGCAACAAACAUUAAAAAUGAAGUGAUGUGUAGUACCGUUUAAUCCUCCAUAAGUGCUAAUCCUUAGAAUUAAGCCGCGCACCGCUGCGCCUUUCUGUCAUCCAACAUGAAGUAAGUCAUAAAGUGUGUCUGAGACACAUUAUGUCAACCAAAAGACCACAAGAUUAUGUUAAAAGGCUCAGUCUUGCCAGUGUAUGACAUGGAAGCCUUUUGGGAGAAAUGGUUAAAAAUAUAUCUGAAGAUACAUUCAGAUACACAGGUUAACCUAGACAAGCUGUGUAAUUACAGCCCAUUCAGUCAUAGUUAUGUGGAUGGUUUGUGCCAUUUAUAUAGCAAGCUGCUGUGACGAUGGAAAAACCUGCUGUAGCGUAUAAGCGGUGCUGCGCCACAGUUUAUGUAAUACUCCUAUGGUGUAGUAAAAACGGUUUGAUAAUUACAAGAAAAAGUGAAUUCAGUAUUAAAUAUGUCAAUAAGUUACUAGUGAAGAAGUCAAUGUUAUAAAUAGUCAUGAGUACACAAUAUCGAGGCAGAAUUUAAAAGUUAAAGUAGCAUUAGCCUGCUUUCUUAGCAUUCUGAGUUUGAAUAUUUAUCGUUCAAAUAAGUUAUUAACAAAUUGGAGUAUUUCUCUUUUCUAGCUUCUCUUGCUUUUACACAAUAUAGUCAGUAUUUAACCAUCCUGUGCUGCAGAGAAAGUAGAUCCACGUUGAUCCAGUUCACAUGGUUUCAGCACAAACCACUGAGCAUGUCUUAGCCCUGCAGGCAUUAACGGUUUUCUUUGGGUCAAAGAAAGUUUAUGGUUAUCUCAUUCAAAAUAUUCCUUAGCACCUACCCUCAACAUGUAAAUAGGCCUUCAUACAUAAUAUGUUUGGUUAGCACAACCAGAAAUAAACGUCACUUGCUUUAGCUAACUUUGCACAUGCAUCUCCCCCAUGAGGAAAAAAUACACAACAUGCAGGGAGAGACACACACAGGGAAAUACACACAACUUCUGAAAUUUAUGAUCUACGCAAAUCAACGGCUGACAAAACAGAAGUAAAUUAUCUGCACUUGACCUAAUCUAACCACUCGUUACUGAACAACCCUGACAAUCAACAGUGAGCCGUGUCAGUGUGUUGUUCCUAUCACUGUUGAACACAUUUUCCUCAACCCAUUUUCCAUUUUUCAUGCUUCUCACCCUCGCUUUUUGACAGCAAUAGAGUGCUCUUGUUUUGAAAGGUCUACCCCACUACAUCAAGCACAUACAGACAAAGAUGAACAGACAAACUACUAAAAUACACCCAAAGUUUGGUGACAGGACUGAGUUCACCAGCAGGGAAAACUACAAAGUUAAAAGAAUAAUGUUACAUUCAUGGCAAAUCAGAAAUUGAAAAUCUCUUUAUAACUUUGUGAAUAUUCCAUUUUUUAAUUAUACUAGACUUAUACUAGUUAUGUGAUGGUAGCAGAUGGUCAAUCUUCUAGAUGUCUGCCUCUAUGUUUGGCACACAUUUUACUCAGUAGGUUUCUUUUUCGUAGUGUCUUUUAUUAGUUUUAUAUAGGAUAUCACUUAAUAUAGAAAAAAAAACAAGAAUAAAGGUUGAAAAUUUUUGAAUGUUUGAAAUAAUAAUAAUAAUAGGAAAUUGGACAGCAGGAACUGUCCAGCUGAAAAAUGCCAUGACUGGAGCAGUAUUUAGUGAAGCGGUUUAUAAUUGGGCAGCAAAUUCUGGUAUUUUGGUUCAUCCUGUAGCAUUUAAAGUUAAGGUGAGCAAACCUAAUUUUCGAUUGGGAGAUCCUCUGUAAACGUUCUUUAAUUUUUGCUUUCCACCACACAGUAUUUCGAUUGAAAAAAAAAAUCUAUAUCAACCAGCUUUGGUUUCCUUUUCUAUUAGAAGCCUUCAAAACUACACCCUCUUCUUCAUUGUAGGACAAAAUCUAAAUUCAGUGACAUUUUGAAUUCCUACCCAUCGUCACUGUGAUGUAGCUUUAACUUUGACCAAAAUAAUAGAAUUGGUGUAUCACAGCAGUGACAAAAGCAGAAAACAAAGCCCAUCUCUGCUCACUUGGCGAUGAAAAGCUGGCAUUUGUGUUUGCUAAUAAAACAGCAAAGGUUUUGUGACGUGUCUGUGGCGUCAUGCCGUAGUUGUCAGAUGUGUGAAGUGUUACUACUGCAUCUAUCCUGUAGAGAGCGCUGUUUAGCCUCCGCAACACUGAUAUUCUGGCUGUGUAACUGGGAAACUGUACAUCAGCGUUUGAGACGCCCCAGUAGAUCUCCAUGCUGUCCUUAUCUAAACUAGCACUAUACUAUUGUGUCUGGAACACUAUGCUAUUAAAUGGAUCAUGUGCAGUUCCCCUAAAAACUCAAGCGUAUCUUUCACUUUGAACACAGUCUUGUUCCUUUCUUGAUGCACUUAAGUAAUAUACUUAUACUCAAGACGCUUCACUGUCUAUUGAUAAAAUCUCGUCAGCUGUGUACUGUGCGUGCGUGCUUCUUGGAACAAAACAUUGGUAGUUAGUUCAAUUUAUGAUAAUCGGUGAGCAAGUGGUCAAAACAGGCAACUAUAAGGACAACUCAAAGCCCCAUAUGAAGACACACUGGUUAUUGUAAGGUCCCCUCAGAGACAUUCCUAUCAGUAUGUAUGAAGAGUAAGUCAUGCGACACUUGCAUGUGAAAACGAUAAUGUGAAGCUUUACUAAAGGAGCAAAAUGACAAGAAAAUGAAUGCACUUUGACAGCAUAUCAUCAUGAAUUGUGUGAACAAGAAUAGGGCCAAGUCUUUGUUUGUGUGUAGGGAGCUCAAGGAAAAGGGGUGCAAUGCGAUUUGUCAUCUCAUGAGUUUCAUCCCUUUAGCUUAGUAUUGUCAUCAGUGUUGUGAUGCUAACUUCAAUAGAUUACCACUCCAUUCAACAGCCUCAUGUAACUCUCUUCCACUAGUUUUUAUGCCCUCUAGCCCAAGCUGCAAAGUUAAAUUUACAGAUCUUUAUUCAUUUUUAAUGCCAGUUGUCAAUUUUAAAAAAUUAACUUUGCCAAUAAAAGACAAAAAUGGACAUUUUAAGGGGUAACAUUUUGUACAGAGGUUUAAAAACUGCCCCUGCUGCUUGAUUAUUAGUCUUAACUAUCAGCUAGAAUUAAAAAAAUAUAUAAAAUUACAAUAUUUUAUUAAUAAUUACACUAAUUGCAAUCAAAGCGCUUUUGCUGUGUCAGACUUUCAGCCAUAAAUAAACCCAAACUGGGCUGCACAAUGACCCACGCAGUGGUUCUUGCCUCACUAAGAAGGUCCUGGUUCAAAUUCCGGCUGGGUCGUUUCUGUGUGGAGUUUGCCUGUUCUCCCUGGGCAUGUGUGGGUUUUCUGCAAGGCACUCUGGCUUCCUGCCACAGUCCAAAAACAUGUUUCAUAGGUUAAUUGGUGACCCUAAAACCCCUAGGUGUGCGGGCAUGUGUGUGUGACAGUGUGGACCAGCAACAAAUUGGCAACCUGUCCAGGGUGUACCCCGCUUUUGCCCAACAGACCGGCUUUAGCUGCUCAGUGAUCCCAAAAGGGAUACAACGGGUUAAGAAAAUGGAUGGAUGGAUGGAUGAUCCCAAACCUCUGUAGAUUGUGCAUUAGCGUGUAUUUUUGAGGGAGUCCCUUUCUUAUUGAAGCAAAUUAAAUGAAAAGCAUCCGUAUCAUCAGCAUCUAUAUUCGUAGUGUGGAUGGAAAGUUACUUUGAGCCGGUCCUAGCCUAACUCCAUAUACAUAUUUUUAAUUUCUCGCUUGAUUGAUCAAUAAUGAAACAGUAGUCAAAGAAAUAAUCAUUUACAGUAAGCUUACUUGUAUUUAGAUUGUAGAAUUCUGCCAAGCACAUAGCUUUAAAUGCCAUAAAAAAAACUUUUAAAUAUUUAAGUCCUCUGAUCUUGUUGCUAAACAAGGUUAGAGUAAAUUGUCUCCAAGUGCACAUGAGAAAAAGGGAGCAUUGCUUUGCAGCUUGGACAGGGUAUAACCAGAAUCACUCUAUAUUUGCAACAGUUUGACACCCCAGAUCGCUGUGCUUCAAACACCACUUUUAUCUUACACUAUUCCUUUGUAAAUAGACACCGUCAAGUUUUUACCACUUCAUAAGUAUCUCAGAUUGAUUAUUAUCAUACACAAAAAAACAAAAACAAAAAACAUUGUCUUAACAAGAUGUUGUGGAGUCGAGCGUUCACUUUCAUUAACCUGUUGCCAUUUAGGUCAAUACCUGUAUCAUCAGAGUAAAAAGCUGAAGACUCAGAAUCUGCCUUUUUUCACCCAAGAAAAGGGCUGCUGAAGUUUCAAGAAUGUUUUUACAAUGUACUUUAGACGCAAGAUUAUGACUACAUGUGUGAGGUCUGUCUGUGUUCUGUUUCGGGAGAUCCAUGACACGUUGGAAAACGCUAUUAACCGGACUCGAUCCACAUGGUAGGAAGAGGAUAGUGGGUGUUGCGCAAGGCAUGAUCCACUACGUUGUAGUGGAUUUAACCUGUGCUUAUUAAAACAAAUGGUAGCAAUAUGAUUGAAAUGUACUGGCACUUGCCGGCCUCCCCUCUCUUCUGCCUACACUACCCACUUUGACAGACAUUAACCAGACUUAGUAUUUUUGGCAUGUGGUUUUAAGUCCUGUCCUGUAUUAGACAGCUUAUACUGACACCUUGACAUACCUACCACCACUGCACUGAUUGGGCAAGCCACAGACCAAAUAAUCUUUUUUCUGUGUUCAUGGUAGACGCCAAAAUAAAGAGUUCAAUAUCAAGUGAACUUUAAAACGUUUAAUAAGAUCAAAUCUGAACAAAAGGGAGUGUUGGUAAAUAUGUAGCGGUGUCCCUAUCAUGCAGAGGUGUGUUUGCACUGCAGCACUGAAAAAGCAGCAGAACUUCCUUGUGUUCUUUAUUUAACACGUUCACGACAACGGCUGGCUGGUUUCCCAGGAAAACCAGUGACCUGGAAAUGUCAAGGAGAGGAAUGAUCCAACAGUGGCGUAAAAAAAGAAAACCCACACGUAACCGUUGCCUGCCUUGACGUAACAACCUCCUUAAUGAUCCUUCUUUUCAGUGCUGUGGGUGGACCCUCUGUAUUGUAUGCUGCAUUAUUGUUUAGGACACAACACCACAGGAAGAGCAUGCCAUGGCAGCAAACUAAAGCUGGUUGUUAGAAGCAUCUGUCCUUUUAGAUAGAGCUCAUCUCCCCUCUCGAUUCUGAAUAUUUGGUAUGAAAGAGAUGUUCAUUGUGAUUAAUUGUUAACUAGUGAUGUGACUAUUAAUCAUGAAAUAAAAAAAAAGAUGAGCAAAA